AUGGCAUCCUCUUCUGCCCCGCCGGCCUCCUCCUUGGGCCAGGACAUCAAAGAGUUCUUGGAGAACGAGAAGGACAUCGAGUUCGAGGAGGAGAUCUCUCGCAACCCCUACCGGCUCAAGUCCUGGUGGAGGUACCUGCUGGCCAAGGAGGGCGCUAAGCGCAAGACGCGCAACAUCAUCCACGAGCGGGCGCUCAAGUUUCUCCCCAACAGCUACAAGCUUUGGAACCAGUACCUGCGUGAGAGGAGAGCGGCGGUAGAGGGGAAAUGCAUCACAGACCCAGCGUGCCAGAUCGUGGUCAAUGCCCACGAGCGAGCGCUGAUCUGGCCGCCGUAUUUGGAAUGGGCCAAGGGGUUCGGCGUGAGGGAGACGGCGGUUCGCGUUUUCAGGCGCUACCUGAUGUUCGACCCCGCUCACCGUGAGGACUACGUGGAUUACCUGGAGACGGAGGGGCAGUGGGAGGAGGCGGCCAAGCAGCUCGGCAUCUGCGUGAACGACGAGGACUUCCUGUCGCCUCAAGUGGACGCCAUCAUCCGCAGCGGGCUGUCGAGGUUCACCGACGAGGUGGGGCGGCUGUGGUGCAAGCUGGCGGACUACUACAUCCGCCUGGGUCAGUUCGAGAGGGCCCGCGACGUUUACGAGGAAGCCAUCAACAGUGUGGUGACGGUUCGAGACUUCACCAUGGUGUUCGACGCCUACACCCAGUUCGAGGAGAGCGUGCUCACGGCCAAGAUGCGGAUGGCGGAGGAGAGCGACGAGGACAGCGAUUCCGACGGGUUGGGAGCGGACCUCGAUGAGGACGGCGACGUGGAGCUGCGGCUCGCGCGCCUGGAGCAUCUCCUCGAGCGACGCCCGAUCCUGGUGAGUUCCGUGCUCCUCCGACAAAACCCUCACAACGUCAACGAGUGGCAGAAGCGCGUCAAGCUGUUCGCGGAAGACCCCCGUAAGGCCAUCAUCUGCUACACCGAGGCGGUGAAAACCGUGGACCCCAAGAAGGCGACGGGCAAGCUCCACAAGCUGUGGAUGGACUUCGCCAAGUUCUACGAGGGUCACGGGGACGUGGCGAACGCCAGGGUUAUCUUGGAGAAGGCCACCCUCGUCGCUUACAGGAACGUGGACGACUUAGCCUCGGUGUGGUGCGCGUGGGCGGAGAUGGAGCUGAACCACGAGGAGUUCGACAAGGCCCUGGAGGCCGUGCAGCGGGCGGUGGCGGAGCCGGCGGCGGCGGUGCAGCGGCGGCGGCUGCAGGCGUCGCAGUCCAGGGACGAGAAGCGGAGAGCCAUGGCAGAGGUACCUGUUCAGGAGCGCGUGUUCCGCAGCACUCGCGUGUGGAAUCUGUACCUGGACCUGGAGGAGUCCCUGGGCACCGUGCAGACCGCAAAGGCCGCGUACGAGCGGGCAUUGGAGCUCAAGGUGGCGUCGGCUCAAAUGGUGCUCAACUUCGCUUCUUUCCUGGAAGAGAACAAGUACUUCGAGGACGCGUUCAGAGUAUACGAGAAGCAGUAGUCGUUAGACCAUUGACCUCGCAUCCCUACAAAGCCGGGACGGAGCACGCCGGGUUUUCGCCGGAC